AUGAAGACCUCCAUGGCUAUGCUCACUGCCUCUAUGGCCACCACCAUUCUCGCUCAUCCCUUUGACACCCGCAGCCAGCAGUGUAACGUCGCUCCUUCAGCUUCCACCAACGCCAACGUCAAGCCCAUCUCUCAGCCCAACGCUUCCACCGCUGAAGCUUGUCUCAAAGCUUGCUCUUCCAACUCCUCCUGCAAGAGCUUUCUCUUUGGCCUUCCUGCCGAUGCCAACACUCCUGUGUGCAAGCUUUACAGCGUUGAGGCUUCUCGAGUCCCCAAGCAGAACAACGAGCUUUACGUCUUCGACAAGGCUUGCUCUGGCAGCAAGGUCCCCCAAUCUAAGCCUACUCACGACGAUCCUCGUGGAAAGACAAACAGCAAGGUAGCUGCUCGUGGUAUGACUUGCAACGCUGCUCCUACUGCAGCUUCCAACAGCAACGUCAAGCCCUUCGCUACUCCCAGUGCUGAGACCGCAGACAAGUGCCAGGAUGCCUGUGAUGCACAGAGCGGAUGCCAGAGCUUUGUCUUUGGCCUUCCUGAUGACGCGUCUACUCCCGUCUGCAAGUUGUACAAGGUUGCUCCAGCUCAGGUUCCUCAGGGCGAUGAUCAGCUCUACGUCUUUGCCAACGGAUGCCCUGCGGCUCAGAUUCCUACUAGUGCGCCGACCCAUGCUGAGCCUCGUGGAAAGGUACCUUCUGAGAAGGCUGACGCUAAGACUGGUGCCAAGACUGAGACCAAGGGCAGUGCUCAGAAGGCUCAGACCAAGACUGGUAACCAAGCCAAGGCCAAUCAGCAGACUGUCAACAGCAUCAACCCUGAGCAGAAGCACAACUAA